AUGAAAGCUAAACCCAAGCAACCUCUUAUGGCGGAUCUUCCACCCUCACGAUUUCAACAGACCCGAUGCUUUAUUAAUGUCGGACUAGAUUUUGCUGGCCCUUUUCUCGUUAAAGAAAGCACAAGACGAAAUGCAAAACUAUCAAAGUGCUACAUUGCCGUAUUUGUGUGUAUGGCAGUUAAAGCCGUCCAUCUAGAGUUAGUGCAUUCACUUUCCACUGAAUCCUGUUUAGCCGCUAUAGACAGAUUUAUCGCUCGGAGAGGAAUCUGCCGAAACAUUUACUCUGAUCAAGGUCGCAACUUCGUCGGUGCUGCACGCCAACUACAAGAAAUCUACUCUCUCCUGAAGAACUCCACCUCACAGAUCUCAGAACAUUUGGCUCAACGUGAAAUAACUUGGAACUUUAACCCGCCAUAUGCCCCAAACUUCGGAGGCCUCUGGGAGGCUGCAGUGAAGUCGACCAAACACUAUCUUAAAAGGAUACUGCAAAACCAUAAUUUCACGGCUGAAGAAUUCACCACAUUCCUGUGCCGUGUUGAAGCUGUACUGAACUCCAGGCCGCUUUGCGCACUCUCAUCGUCACCUGAUGACGACUUUAAUUACUUGUCUCCUGGCCACUUCCUCACAGGAGACCUCCUGCUAGCACGACCGGAAGAAGACAUCUCGGAAGAACCCUUAAACCUACUCUCACGCUGGCAGCUAGUUUCUCGUGCCUCUCAGCACUUCUGGAAAAGCUGGAGAAGAGAUUAUCUCCAUACUCUUAUCCAACGCCCCAAAUGGACUGAGAAAACCCUCAACCUUAAGGAAGGAGACUUUAGUUUUAAUGUACUCUAA